AUGUCCGGGCAUGUUUCUAUAACUCUAGCAUCGGAAAGGGUAAAUCAUAGUGUUGCCGCAAAUAAUGAAAUACCCAGAUUUUUCACACCCGGUGAAGUCGUUUGUGAUCUUCAUGAUUUUAUGCGAGGACAUGGAACAUAUGUAGAAGAUGAUAAAAUCAAAUCAUCAGUGGCUGGUGUCAUGCAAAGGGUUAAUAAAUUGAUAUGUGUACAUCCCUUGAAGAGUAGAUAUGUUGGUGAAAUUGGUGAUGUGGUAGUGGGUAGAGUAUUAGAAGUACAACAGAAAAGAUGGAGAAUUGAGACAAACUCUAGACUGGACUCCAUACUUAUGUUGUCAGCUGUUAAUUUGCCUGGCGGUGAACUGCGAAGAAGAUCAGCUGAAGAUGAAAUGGCAAUGAGACAGAUUUUGGAGGAAGGUGAUCUAAUAAGUGCAGAAGUACAGAGUAUUUAUUCUGAUGGAUCUUUAGCUUUGCACACUCGAAGUUUAAAAUAUGGCAAGCUAUGGCAAGGAGUCAUGGUGAAAGUGUUCCCAUCAUUGAUAGCUAGAAGAAAAAACCAUUUCCACAUUUUACCUUGUGGCAUUUCAGUAAUACUUGGAAAUAAUGGUUUUAUUUGGAUGGGUCCGCAAGCGCAGAACUUAGUCAGUAGGGAAAAGGAUGAUAAUUUGGUAUCAGCCAGUGAAAAUGAGGAUAAUUACGACUGUUACAAAGGUUUACAGACAGUCACCAGGUCCAACAGAGAAGCUAUAGCCCGCUUGAAGAAUUGUAUUGCAGCUCUUGUUGCUUCAAAAAUGAUGCUCGAUGUCACAACCCUUAUAUUUGCAUAUGAGGAAAGUUUUAAAUAUGAAGAAGUUAAAGAACUAUUGGACCCAGAAGCUAUGCUUGAUGUGGCUUUCUUGACACAGCAUAGAUUAAAUACCAUUAUGGAUGAGUAA